AUGGCUACGCCGAAUGCUGAGGUCAUUACCAAUAGUAUGACUGCUUUGGAGUUAUUGGAUCCCGAGCCCAACUCGGAGAGAUCAGUGACGGAAUUACUUCAAAGAUCUCAAGAUUUGAUGAUGGAACUCGAACAAUUCAAGGCUUGUUUGAAGGAGCGGAAACAAGACAAGACGGUUGAACUGAGGCACUUUUCGACGAAUCUCCAGUCUGAGAUCAAAUCUUUAAUAAGACUCGCAAACCUAGAUCCAGAGAACGAAAAGGUUGCCCAUACAAUCAGUUCUUCGAAUUUUCCAUUCUAUUCCGCUGUUUGGAAUACGGCAAAAUGUUGCAAGGGCAUCACAGCUUUGAGAAAACGUUUCUUUUGGUCCAUUGGUCAAACUUUGCUCAAAUCUAAGCGAGGUGAUCUCUCGGCACAGAGCAAUAUCAAAAGUGUAGAGGUUGAUAUUGUGGCCGGAGAAGAUCUUGAAUGGGUCAAAGUAAACACGAUUACUGCUAGGAGGAUGAUAUUCGAUCUAGCUAAGGCUGGAUGGGCUGAGGAUGACUCGACCGAUGAUGAAGACGAUGAUGUCGCUCGACUAGACACAGAGGAUGAGUCAGAAGGUCUUUUGAAGCAAGCUAAAUUACUUGUAGAAGCCUCUAAGUUGGCUAGAACUAAAUACCGGUAUCCAUCAGUGCGCCUUGUGCUACCUAGACUUACACGAGAUUGCCCAAAGCAGGUGGCUAGUGUUUUACAGGAGAUUCGGGCACUAGGUGUUAUGGUGCAGACAUUUGAGGAUAUUCCUACGAGCCCUAUGAUAUCAACAGUUCUGCAUCGCAUGGUAGUUAAUCCAUUUGAGAAAUUUACUGAAAUACUCAACGUUGAUUGUACAAUGAUAUUUGCAUUCAUUAGCGAUCUUUCACAUGGCCGUGUUGAGCCAAAAGACUGGCAUCAUCGAUUCUUGACCAAACAGAUGGAGAUGGAAAGCGAAGAUCAGCUAUUACCUAGUAUCGUUUGGCCUGCUUGUGGGGCUAGGAAGCUUGUAUGCACUCGUGAAGCAGUCACGAGAGCUCAAGAGAUUAUAGACACGAUUGGAACGGAUACCGAAAAGAAAAGAAUGGAACUGCUAUUUGGUUUCGGUCACGAGUCAACGAGAGAACAGCUGGCGGAGGAAUUCCAAAAGCUCUCCGAGUAUAGCAUCCCUUCGGAAUGGCAGUUGCCAAUCACGCUCAUCGAUGUGGAUGUAUCGAUCAUCGUACCCGAGCUUCCACUUGUUGCCAAUGACGUCUUGAAGGUUCUGACUGGCGUUAAUUCAUCCGUAUUUCUGUACGGAUGGGUAUCUGGUUUGACAACGAUCAGCAGUAAUCGUGUUGUCGCUAAGGAAAUUGAGGCCACAAUCGAAGCAAAUCGAGGCUCUAUGGAUGUCCAAGGACCGGAGAUCUGGUUAUCUCCAAUGGCACGAUCUCUUGUAGGAAAAGAAAAACUGCGUCGGGGAGUUAAAGAAUGA